AAAAUGGACGACUUUGAGUAUGAUGCCUUUGUGGUUUACAAUCCCUUCGGAGAGGACCAGCAAUUUGUCAAUCUUAUGACCAGGGUACUCACGUCCCCACCGUACAACCUCAGACUUUAUGUACCGUGGUCUGAUGAAGCCGAGGAGUCGCUGGAAGCCGUGGCCACUGCAGAAAGUAUAGAAAAGAGGUGUAAAAAAGUGUUAGUUGUGAUAUCAGCAGCUUCUCUAGAGAGCGAUUUAUUCCAUUUUCAUCUAAAAGUUGCCCAUUCUAUGUCACCAGGUGCUCGUAGAAGAAAAGUAAUCCCUAUUCGAUUAGAUCAAACUGAGGUUCCAGCUGUGAUUCGCUUCACCACAUCAUGUGACUAUUACAAAAGAGAACUCCGUGUGUUUGUUUGGGACAGACUCAACGCUGCCUUCACGGACAGUGAUUAUACAUAUAAAUCUCGAGUCAGAAAAACAGCAUCUCUUCCGGAAAAGAGGAAACUUCCGGACCUGAUUCCAACCUCAUCUCCUUUAAAACGUGUACAGUCUUGGUGGCGAUUAAAGGUGUCUGUGAUCUAAAAUUCUAAAAUACCCAAUGAUCACUAAAUUUUAAUUAUUAGGUUGUAGUUUGAUUUAUCAUAUCAUAUACCACUGCUUAUAAAGGAUUGUGAUUCGACAAAGUUCUGAUCUUCAGUCUUUUUUGUUAUAACCAUGCUUUUGUACAUGUAUGUGUUAAAGUGUCUUCUACGGCUUAUUUAUAUGCACAAUUUAUUCUGUGAUAAUUAAUGUAUACAUCACACUAUAAUACAAUUGUAACCUUUCCAAUGUUAAAAAGUUUUCA